AUGGCCUUUGGAGACCUCCUGGAGAAAGUGGGCAGUGCAGGUCCCUUCCAGCUCCUCUGUGUCUUGCUGCUCACUGCACCUGCCCUCCUCAUUGCCAGCCACAACCUGGUGCAGAACUUCAGUGCCGCCUCCCCUGAGCACCAGUGCCGCCCUCUGCCACCAGGCACCAACGCCAGCUGGGUGGGCAACACCACUGCAGCUCAUGGGGUGCUCUCCCUGGUCCCGAGCCCAGAGCAGCGCUGUCGCUUGGUGGGCACCCGUGGGCAGCAUCCAAGACCCAACGGUUCGCUGGGCAGGGCAGGCGAGACAGAGCCCUGCCAGGACGGGUGGUACUACGACCGCAGCACCUUCUCCUCCACCAUCAUCACUGAGUGGGAUCUGGUGUGUGAUCUGGGCCCCCUCCCGGCGCUGGCGCAGACGCUGUUCAUGGCAGGGGUGCUGCUUGGAGCCCUCCUUUUCGGAGUCUUCUCGGACAGGUUUGGGCGGCGGGUCAUCCUGCUGUGUUCUCUGCUGUUGGUGGCUGUCAUGGGAACCGGGGCUGCCUUGUCCUCAGACUUCCUCACCUACUGCGCCUUCCGCCUGCUGAGCGGGGUUGGUCUGUCUGGCUUCCUCCUCAACUACAUCUGCCUCAGUCUGGAAUGGGUCCCCACCAAGUCCCGCGCCCUGGUGGUGACAUGGCUGAGUUACUGCAGCACGGCAGGCCAGGUGGUGCUGGCUGGUCUGGCCUACGGCAUCCGGGACUGGCGCUGGCUGCAGCUGGCCAUUUCCAUCCCCUUCUUCAUCUUCUUCCUCUGUGCCUGGUGGAUCCCAGAGUCUGCACGCUGGCUCAUCGUCAACCACAGGCCUGCAAUGGCGCUGAGCAACCUGCAACGGGUGGCCCGGAUCAACCGGAAGCAGCUGGGUGGGGACAGCAUCUCCCUGGAGAUGUUGGAGAAGGUCGGGGGCAGCCCCACUGGGAAAAGCACCUGCUCCUGCCUUCACCUCUUCCGCACACCGGCCAUGAGACGCAUCUCCUGCUGCCUCAUGAGUGUCAGCUUCUCUACCAACCUGGCCUACUUCGGGCUCUCCAUGGACCUGCCGGCCUUUGGCCUGGACAUCUUCCUGGUGCAGACGUUCUUCGGGGCCAUUGACAUCCUGGCCAAGAUGGCCUGUGCCCUGGCCCUGAGCUACUUUGGACGCCGAGCCAUCCAGGCCAGCUCCCUCAUCCUGGCCGGUGUCUUUCUCCUGGGGAACAUCCCUGUGCCCAGAGAGAUGCUGAUGGUGCGACUGGCUCUGGUGGUGCUGGGAAAAGGAUGCCUGGCUGCCUCCUCUGUCUGCUCCUACCUGUAUGGGGGAGAGCUCUUUCCAACUGCUGUCAGGCAGACAGGCACUGGCUUCACCACUGUGAUGGCUCGUCUGGGCGGCAUGGUGGCCCCGGUGGUGCUGAUGGCCGGGCAGCAAUUUCCCUUCCUGCCACUGGUGAUAUUCGGGGUGGCUCCCGUCGUGUCUGGCAUCGCCGCCUGCUUCCUGCCAGAGAUGCACAACGUCCCGCUGCUGGACACCAUAGAAGAGGUGGAGAACAGAGCCAGGAGGAAAGGCGAGGAGGCGAUCGCCGGGGAGACCAUGGCUCACAUUGUCCACUCAACCAGGAUCUGA